CAUGAGAUGAAGCCCAUGAUGAAGCCUCAUGAGAUGAACCCUUUUGCGAACCAAUUGGCUGGAAAGCUUCAAAGCUGCAUAAGGCUUCAUCUCGCCAUCACUACCUUUCAGUAUUUCUACUUUUAAAUCAUACUUAACUUAACAAUGCUGUGCCAAAGGAACCUGCCUACUCUCUCAGUUCCAAACAGAGAAGCAGGAAACUGCUCCUUAGGUACAGGCUCACUCAGUGGAACAGCUGGGCUCAAUUGGAGCGUACCAUGUAGCGCAUGGGCAGGGGGGACAAUAUUUAAAAGCAUUAAAAGUAAUUGUUUAGGUCUUCUGUGGUCAGAAAAAGUAGAAUAUGUUGACCUAUUUGAUUUAUUGUGUUUAAUUAGUUUGAAAUACAUUUUCAAUACAUUUGUAGGUGGUAAGAAUUACAAGUUUAUAAAUAGUGGAUUGGCCUAGGGGGAGGGGCUUAACAGAUAUAAACCUCUGGCCACAAGUGACUUUGUGUUAUUCUGACGGUGGCUGUAGAGCAGAGAGGUACCAGGUUACAUUUCUUAGAGCUCUAUAUAAGGUUUGUUUUCGUUCUCUUCUGGACGUCCUUGUAACUUAGUUUUUUCAGGGGCUUUGGCUGUGAAUAAAAGCACUUAAGAAUACAUUUUUUGUGACUAGCCAUCUUAUUAAUUCCUUAGUUAUUGCAUCGACACUUUUUGUAACAAUAAUAUUAUCUAGUUACCAUCAGAGGACGACUCUAUUAUGCACUGUGUAUAAAACAUGCUUCAAAACCACUUAAUAUACUAAUAUAACAUCUUAAAUACGAAAUAAAAAUGUUGUCACCUUUAAAAUAUACAUAAAGCACCAUAUCUACUUAUUGAUUUGAAAGAAUAUUAUAUUUUAUAGAAAAUGAUUGAUACAUCAUGUAUGCCCCUCCUGUAGUGUGUUCGAUAGGUUUCAGUGCAUGUAAAUGGUCUGCAAAGGCUAACAUCUCAGUGUUUCUCUCCCCCAAAACUGGAAAUGUGUUAUAGAGUGAUAGUUAAAACUGUCCGUCUACAAACGCUGGACUGUAAAACUUAACAAUAUACAUUAAAGACCUGUCAAUGAGUUACUAAUGCUGAAACAGCUGAUAGACAAUCACAAACUGAACUUUAGACGGUUCUUACAAAGUCAUUCAAAUCUUUUACUGGAUUUUUUUGCUGUCAUUGUUUUUUCUAAUGAUGUGUCACAUUUAAUGACAUGAGUCUUUUACCAGACUCUGUGUCACUAUAACCUGAGGGUGAUAACAGCUAUUCUCCAGCCGCAGUUUAAGUUUCUCAUUAUCAGAUGAAACUGGAGAGCUGCAGUCGGACCAAAUAAUCAGGAGUUUCUCAACACGUUCUAGCAAACACUGAGUGUUGGCUGCACGGUGUCUAGCAAUGUCUUCAGGAGAAGUUCCUCGUGGCGUCUGCUCUGGAACCAAGCUGAGCGUCCUGAUAUCCUGCCUGGUGUGUGUGAUGUGUGUCUCCAUCUGGUUGGUUUUAAACCACGAGACACAUGACAAUGAAAGUCUUAGAAAAGAAUUUAAAGAAAAGAAGGCAAAGUUGAGGAACACAGGGGUCCUAAUUGGGCAGAUGAUCCAGAAGAGACGACUGAAGAUUCAGGACUUCAAACACUCUCUGGAGCUCAGUAAGGAGCAGGCAGAGAGAGAGUUAAAGGGCUGUGUUGAGCUCUUCACCGCUCUGAAGGAGACGGUUGAGAGUCGGCAGGCUGAGCUCAUGGACACGAUGAAAGGGAAGCAGAGAGAGACAGAGCAACAGGCUGAAGGCUUCAUCAAAGAGCUGCAACAGGACAUCUCUACACUGACCAAGAGAAGCUCUGAGGUGGCGCAGCUCUCACGCUCUGAAGACCAGCCCCAUCUCCUCAGAAGCUUCUCGUCUCUCAAUGCUAUUCCACACACCAAAUUCUUUACAGAUGUGCAUAUCUUCCUGCCUUUGUAUGACGUCACUGUCAGGACUGGUUUGAAGAAACUCAGCAAAGAGAUGAAGAAGAUGUUCGCUCUGGCCGUUCUGAAGAGG